CUGGAGAGAGGGUCUGGCUGGCCACACUUGCCUGCAGUCCAGGAGCAGAGGAGGUCAGCGGACGGAGGGCCGAGGGGAAUUGCCGGCACCCUAUUCAGUCUGUGCAGGAGACUGACUGGUAACCAUGAAGUCCUUCGCCCUGCUUUUCGUAGCAACCCUCUUGGGAGGUUCCUGGGGUAAUAUUUUCUACCAGGACAAGCCAAAGCCCCAAUGGGAGGAGAGCCUAAAUGCUCUUUGGAGCUAUCUGGCCAACAUCGAGAACACGGCAGAAGGCAUCGCAACUCAGAUCAAGAGUUCUCAGAUCAGCAAGGAACUUGACGGCCUGAUCACAGACACCAUGGCCGACUUGGAUCGCUACACCGAGAAUUUCCGCUCCAACAUAGGGCCUCACAUCCAGGAACUGCAGGACAACAUGAAAGUGGAAUUGAGGUCCAUACUGGAUAAGUUGCAGGCUGACUUGAAAAUGAUCAAGGACAAGUACGUCCAGUACAAAAAUGAGGCCGGGGUGAUGAUCAACCAUAACGUGGACACAGUCCAGUCCCAGAUGAACCUGCUGUGCCGCAAGAUGAAGAAGCGCAUCAGCAAGGACGUCACGGAGCUGCAGAACAAGAUGGCCGAGUACGCCAGCGAGGUGCGAGCCCGCAUGGACGAGAGGGUCGAGGCCGUGCGCCAGAGCUUGGAGCCUUACCUCUCCAGCUUCCAGAACAAGAGGCAACAGCACUACCAGGCCCUGCGGGAGGUGGUGGAAGAGCGGGGAAAACACCUGCACGAGCAGCUCAGUGGACAGGUUCGGGAGCUCCACGGCCAGUUUCGCGAGAAAGCCGAGGAGGUGCAGAGCUCUCUCAGCCAGGUUGCCGAAAGCACGCGCCAGUGGCUGAGCCCGAUGCUGCAGAAUCUCACCAGACAGGUCCGGGACAUGCUGGAUAAGGUGGAGGCGGCCCAGAGUCCGGAGUCCUAAGGGCCAGCCUGGGAACCCAGAGAGAAUAGGAUGGCAGCCCAGGGUUUUCUGGGAAACCCAGAUGGCCUCCAGGGCUGCAGCUUUUUGGUUGCACGGGCCGCAAGGGUAGCCACCAAAUACUAAUUGCUCACGCUGCACUUCUCUCCCAGCACCUCCUGCGGCCUCCUGGGCACAUUAACACGCUGCACCCCUGCAGCUGGCCUCUCCUUCCUCGGUCCUGCAUUAAUCCCACGUGCACCUCUGAACCACCGACAAGCGAGGCCUUGUCCCGCUUCCCUCCACGCCACCUUCAACACGCCGCACUAACACUUUACGCCUGAGACUCUCGGCCCCUUCCCUUUGCCGCGAUGCCUCGGCUGUACUGGAGUUUUCCAUUUUGAUCUGUAACAAUAAAGUAUACUUUGGAUA